AUGUUCUCGUCGCGCACCGCCACCACCGGCGCCAUCCGCCGCCUGCAGGUCGAGUACAAGCAGCUCACCAGCGACCCGCACUCGCUUUUCCCCGCCACCGGCCCCAUCAGCGAGGACGACUUCCUGACGUGGGAGGCGCUGCUGCCGGGACCCGAGGACACGCCGUUCGAGGGCGGCGUCUUCCGCGCUGAGCUCAAGUUCCCGCCGUCCUACCCGCAUGACCCGCCGACGAUGAAGUUCGACCCGCCGAUCUUCCACCCGAACGUCUACCCCGACGGCACGGUGUGCAUCUCCAUUCUCCACGCAGCUGGCGACGACCCGAACAUGUAUGAGUCGUCCUCUGAGCGCUGGAGCCCCAUCCAGUCGACGGAGAAGAUCCUGCUCAGCGUCCUGAGCAUGCUUGCCGAGCCGAACGUCGAGUCGGGCGCCAACAUUGAUGCCUGCAAACUGCUGCGCGACGACCCCAAGGCGUACGAAGAGAAGAUCCGCGCCUCGGUGCGCGAGCAGCUCGGCCUCUAG